GAAAGGGAAGAUUAUCAACAACAGAUUUCAUUUCCUCCGACUCUCCCAAUCCUUUAGAGAGAAGAGACCGGAUCCAAAACCCUAAACCCAUUCCCGCGUAGCUAACACGGAGCUCAAAUGGGAGAUCCGUUGGAUAGGAUUGGAUCCGAGGCAUCAAUGGCGACGGAAACCGCCAUCAAAUCGGACCUGUGUCUAGAGAUCGAUCCUCCGCCGAGCGAAACCGUCGCCACCGCCGAAGACUGGCGUCGUGCUCUCGACAGAGUGGUUCCCGCCGUCGUCGUGCUCCGCACGACUGCCUGCCGCGCUUUUGACACCGAAUCGGCAGGUGCUAGCUACGCCACUGGGUUUAUCGUCGAUAAGAGGCGUGGGAUCAUCCUCACCAAUCGCCACGUGGUUAAACCUGGCCCUGUAGUGGCUGAGGCAACGUUUGUAAACCGAGAAGAGAUCCCGAUCUAUCCUGUAUACAGGGAUCCGGUCCAUGACUUUGGCUUCUUUUCUUAUGAUCCGAGUGCAGUUCAGUUUCUGAGUUAUGAAGAAAUCCCCCUUGCUCCAGAGGCGGCUUCUGUUGGACUCGAGAUUAGGGUUGUUGGCAAUGAUAGUGGAGAAAAGGUUUCCAUACUGGCUGGUACUAUUGCUCUUGAUAGGGAUGCUCCACAUUAUAAAAAAGAUGGUUAUAACGACUUCAACACGUUUUACAUGCAAACGCAAUUUCUAAACUUGGAGAAUCUGAUUGAUGACGGUGUUGGCCAGAUAGUUGAAUUGGAAAUUGAAAGGGGUGGACAGCCACUAACUGUUAAUGUGUCGAUUCAGGAUCUACAUUCGAUUACUCCAGAUCAUUUCCUGGAAGUAAGUGGUGCUGUAAUUCAUCCGUUGUCUUAUCAGCAGGCUCGUAAUUUUCGUUUUCCUUGUGGCUUGGCGUACGUUGCGACCCUGGGUAAGCCGCUCAAAUACAUGCUGUUUAGAGCUGGGGUCCCACGACAUGCUAUCAUAAAGAAGGUUGCUAACGAGGAUAUUUCAUGUCUAGCGGAUUUAGUAUCCGUUCUUUCAAAGCUCUCUAGGGGUGCUCGUGUUCCCUUGGAAUAUAUGUCUCACACCGAUCGUCAUCGCAAGAAGUCUGUGUUAGUCACAAUUGACCGUCAUGAAUGGUACGCUCCUCCACAGUUGUAUACCCGUAAUGACAGUUCUGGUUUAUGGGAUGUGAGACCUGCAAUCGAACCUGCUGCUGUUUCACCAUCUAUUGAUAUUAAUGGUUUGCCUAUAAGCCAAAAUAUUCCCCUCUGCCAUCACGAUACAGAGCCCAUGCAUGAAGUUCGUGGGGUUACUGAUACUGCGGCUACUAUGGGAGCCUCUAGUGGAGAUAGUUCCCAGAAUGAUUUUGGCUCAGAAGCAAAGAAACAAAGACUGGAAGAUGAUUCUUCAGAUGGAACUGUUGCAAACGCUUCCUUAUAUGGGAGUGAAUUAAAAUCUGAUGAUGCAAUGGCAACAGAUAAUACGGUUUUAAGAGACUUCGAAGGUGCAACAGCAUUUGCUGCUAAUGCUUCAUUGGCUGAACGUGCUAUUGAACCUGCUCUUGUCAUGUUUGAGGUUCAUGUGCCACCAUCGUGCAGUCUUGAUGGUGUACAUUCACAACAUUUCUUUGGGACCGGCAUUAUUAUUUAUCAUUCUUCGAGCAUGGGACUUGCUGUGGUGGACAAAAACACCGUUGCCAUUUCUGCAUCUGAUGUUAUGUUGUCGUUUGCCGCUUUUCCAGUCGAGAUUCCUGGAGAGGUGGUGUUUCUUCAUCCUGUUCACAACUAUGCUCUGAUUGCCUAUAAUCCUUCAGCAAUGGGUCCUGCCGCUGCUUCAGUCAUUCGUGCAGCUGAGCUACUACCUGAACCUGCACUGCAACGUGGAGAUUCAGUUUAUCUUGUUGGAUUGAGUAGGAACCUUCAAGCCACGUCAAGAAAGUCUAUUGUAACCAAUCCAUGUGCAGCGUUAAACAUUGGGUCUGCUGAUUCUCCUCGCUAUAGAGCAACCAAUAUGGAAGUAAUCGAGCUUGAUACAGAUUUUGGUAGCUCAUUUUCUGGAGCCCUGACUGAUGAGCAGGGGAGGAUUCGGGCCAUUUGGGGAAGCUUUUCCACUCAGAUUAAAUAUAGUUCAACUUCGUCAGAAGACCAUCAGUUUGUCAGAGGUAUCCCGGUAUAUGCGAUCAGCCAAGUCCUUGAGAAAAUCAUAACCGGUGGAAAUGGACCAGCUCUUCUCAUAAAUGGUAUCAAAAGACCAAUGCCACUCGUUCGAAUUUUGGAAGUUGAGCUGUAUCCUACGUUGCUCUCAAAAGCGCGGAGUUUUGGUCUGAGUGAUGAAUGGAUCCAAAUCCUAGUCAAGAAGGAUCCUGUUAGACGACAAGUUCUACGUGUUAAAGGUUGCCUGGCAGGAUCAAAAGCUGAAAAUCUUCUAGAACAAGGCGACAUGGUUCUGGCAGUCGAGAAGAUGCCAGUUACAUGCUUCAACGACAUUGAAGCCGCUUGCCUAACAUUGGAUAAGGGUAGCCACAGCGAUGAGAAUCUCAAUCUAACAAUCCUUCGACAGGGCCGAGAGAUGGAGCUCGUAGUUGGAACUGAUAAAAGAGAUGGAAAUGGAACAACAAGAGUGAUAAACUGGUGCGGCUGUGUUGUUCAAGAUCCUCAUCCCGCGGUUCGCUCUCUUGGAUUUCUUCCUGAGGAAGGUCAUGGUGUCUAUGUGACAAGAUGGUGUCACGGGAGUCCCGCAAACAGAUAUGGCCUCUAUGCACUUCAAUGGAUCGUGGAAGUUAACGGGAAGAAGACUCCUGAUCUCAACGCAUUCGCAGAUGCCACCAAGGAGCUAGAGCACGGGCAAUUUGUGCGUAUAAGGACCGUUCAUCUUAACGGCAAGCCACGAGUGUUGACUCUAAAACAAGAUCUCCAUUAUUGGCCAACUUGGGAGCUGAGGUUCGACCCAGAGACUGCUCUUUGGCGGAGAAACAUAUUGAAAGCCUUGAAAUAAGAAGCCUUUUAGGUGCAUAUUUGCAUGAUCCAACUUUGUUGUAUUUCUAUCGAUAUUAAAACUAUUCAUUAUAACAUUACUCGAAGAACUGUCACUACAACUUACAGGGAGAAAAAAAACUAAGAAGGAUUUUACAUCCAGUAAAAAUUGAUCAAAUUGAAAGAAAAAAAGAUCGUUUCAUAAUUUAUGUUUAUGAUUUUACUUCA